GAAGUACAGUAGAUUUGGCAACGCUGAAUCGCUUACUAGCCAAACCUCAUCUCCCUCCUCUCGGCUUGCACUUCGCGGCCUCCCGGUAAGCUUCUGACUUCAAACUACUCCGAAGAAAUGGUAGUUUCUCUAAGACUACCUUCGCUCUCCUCUUUGCUUUCCCCAGCCUCUCCUUUCACUUUUUCCAGGCGAGCUCUGGGAAUUUCAUGGCGGCAGCAACGCCCGUUCCGGUUGCCUCUGCUUGCUCCUGGAUUAUCUGUGCGAAGCUCGUCUACCGGGACCGAAAUUCAUGUCGACAACUCGAAGAAUCGAGUUCCGGAAGGGGCUAUCACGCCUCGGUCGCAGGACUUCAAUGCUUGGUAUUUGGAUAUUAUUGCUAACGCUGAGCUCGCGGAUUAUGGCCCUGUUCGAGGUACCAUGGUUAUUCGUCCCUAUGGCUACGCCAUAUGGGAAGCAAUACAGGAAUAUCUGAAUGUUAAGUUCAAGGAGACUGGCCACGAGAAUAUGUACUUUCCCCAGUUUAUACCCUACUCAUUCAUUGAGAAGGAAGCGAGUCAUGUCGAAGGGUUUAGUCCGGAGUUAGCUCUUGUAACCAUUGGAGGUGGGAAAGAACUUGAAGAGAAGCUUGUGGUUCGACCUACGAGUGAAACUAUUGUGAAUCACAUGUUUACACAGUGGAUUCAUAGUCACCGUGAUCUUCCCUUGAUGAUUAAUCAGUGGGCGAAUGUUACUAGAUGGGAGAUGCGGACGAAGCCCUUUGUAAGAACUCUUGAGUUUCUGUGGCAGGAGGGUCAUACUGCUCAUGCCAGUCCAGAAGAGGCAGAAAAAGAGGCUAUUCAGAUGAUUGACAUCUAUACAAAAUUUGCUUACGAGCAAGCGGCAAUACCUGUUAUUGCAGGUCGAAAAUCAAAGGUGGAGACAUUUGCUGGUGCAGACAAGACAUAUACAAUAGAGGCCAUGAUGGGGGAUCGAAAAGCACUUCAGGCAGGAACCAGCCACAACCUUGGGCAGAACUUUUCUCGUGCUUUUGGAACACAGUUCACCGAUGAAAAUGGACAAAGGCAACAUGUAUGGCAGACAUCAUGGGCAAUUAGUACACGUUUUGUUGGAGGAAUUAUUAUGACUCAUGGAGAUGAUGGAGGUUUAAUGCUUCCACCAAGGCUUGCUCCAAUACAGGUGGUAAUCGUACCAAUCUGGAAGAAAGAAGGUGUUAAAGCAGAAGUUCUUAAUGCUGCUGCUUCUGUAGAAGUAAAUCUUCGAACGGCAGGGAUAAAGGUUAAACUCGAUGAUUCUGAACAGAGAACUCCAGGAUGGAAAUUCAAUUUCUGGGAAAUGAAGGGCGUUCCUUUGAGGAUUGAGAUUGGUCCCAAGGAUGUUGCAAAUCAAAGUGUGGUUAUUUCUAGGAGAGAUAUUCCUGGAAAGCAAGGGAAAGUUUUUGGGAUAUCCAUGGAACCUUCUAUUUUAGAAGCUUAUGUGAAAGACACGUUGGAUGAAAUCCAAUCAUCUCUUCUGGAACAAGCAAAAACUUUUCGUGACAGUAACGUUGUGGAUGUGAGUUCAUAUAAUGAACUUAAAGAGGCAAUCUCCCAGGGAAAAUGGGCUAGGGGUCCUUGGUCAGCUAGUGACAAAGAUGAGUUGAAAGUUAAAGAAGAAACUGGAGCAACAAUUAGGUGCUUUCCUUUUGAACAGCCACAGGGACCUAAAACAUGCUUGAUGACCGGUAACGCUGCGGAGGAAGUUGCCAUUUUUGCGAAGUCUUAUUGAGAUAUAAUUUCAACCCGACUUAAAAGGCGGCCAAGUCUAAUUCAUUUGGCUCUUUAAUCACAUUGUGUACACUCUCUUUAAGGUCAUGCUAAAUUCACCGGAAGGGAGCCGCCUCCUCUAUCAACUUUUCUGAGGCAAAGGCCAAGCUACCUGGUUAGUAUGGCAUAUAUCCUCUGAAGUUGGACGUAUUUUUUUUCUCUGCCUGCCUAAUUAUCUUGUUUGGUGGCUCAAUCCUUCAUUUUUGAAGCAGUAUUUAAGCGAUGAAUUUAUGUAUGGAUUAACUAUCUCAUUAAAUUGUGUCUGUUUCCUGUUUCAUAACGUGAGUUUGCUGUUAUUUUGUUGAAUAUUUGACCCUUCAGUAAAUUUUUUCUAUUUCUUC